AUGGAGGAAUGGAGCAAGCAUCACUUCUUCCACCACGGCAAGCCAAGCCGUGAGGCCGAAAAGAGAAAUUGUCACUGGUGCCAAAUUCGCCGCUUCAAGACUCACCCCGAAUUCCCGGUCACCAUUAUCAACCGCAUGGACCAAAUCGUUCCCGACCCUGAAUUUCGCUUCAUUGACCACUCCGUCUUCGGCGCCGGUGUCGAGCCUACCAAAGACGAGUUUCGUAGCGGCUGCGACUGCGAGGAUGGCAUGGAUUGCCAAUACAGAGACUGCCACUGCCUGCAAGAGAUGUAUGACUCCGAGGACGUGGAUGAGGAAGACGGAGACUAUGGCGACCUGACGCAACGAAAAUCAUACGCAUACCAUACCCACGGCACAAAGAAGGGACACCUGCGGUCCAAGGUCCUCGAGUCACGGGAACCCAUAUACGAAUGCCACGACGGUUGCUCAUGUGGUCCAGACUGCCCAAACCGUGUGGUGGAACGAGGCCGGCAAAUUCCCCUGCAAAUCUUCCGCACCCCUAACCGAGGCUGGGGCGUCAGAAGUAUGGUAGACAUCAAAAGAGGCCAAUUCAUCGACAAGUACAUUGGCGAGGUCAUCACACCCCAAGAGGCGGACCGUAGAAGAGCUCGGUCCGAUAUUGCCCAGCGCAAGGACGUGUACCUCUUCGCCCUGGAUAAAUUCUCGGAUCCAGACUCGCCAGACGAAAGGCUGAGAGGACCGCCUCUCGAAGUUGACGGAGAAUUCAUGUCAGGCCCGACCAGAUUCAUCAACCACUCUUGCGAUCCCAAUCUGCGGAUUUUUGCCAGAGUCGGCGACCAUGCAGAUAAACAUAUUCACGAUCUUGCCUUGUUCGCCAUUGUGGACAUACCAAAGGGUGACGAAUUGACGUUUGAUUAUGUGGAUGGGGUCGACGAUUCGGAAAACGAUGCCCUAGACCCGACAAAGAAGAAAGAUAUGACCGUAUGCCUAUGCGGUAGUUCAAAAUGUCGCGGCUUUCUGUGGUGA